AUGCAGCCAGUGGAACAACUUUCAUCAGUGAUAAUUUAAGAUGACGAUGGAGCAGAGCUCGUGCACGGAGGAUCGCAUCCAGCAUAGUCUCGAGCGCUGCCUCUGUCACCUGGGAGUCGACUCUCCCGACAAGAAGCUCUGGAAUGCUGGACUGUGCAUAAGCCGCUGGUGUUUGGAGGAACUUGUGAAGAGGCAUCCCCACAACUUCCUCAUCCUUCUGCAGAAAAUACUGCAAAAAACAAAGGAGGUUCUGAAGGAGUGCCAGUAUGAACUGGUGGUUCCCCUGACUCUCCUGUUCUCUGCUGCUCUUCUCAAAAGCCCAUAUUUAGGCGCAGGAUGCGGUGUCCUCCAGGAGGCCUACCUGUUGUUCCACCGGUUCCUGGCCUGGCCCGAGCCUUGCAGCUCGGCCAGCAAACGUUUACUCGUCAUCAUCGAGCAGGAGAUUCGCGCACCAGGUAUUUCAUUUCAGCGACUAGUAAGGACAGAGCAGGCUAUUUCCUCUGACAUUAACUGCUCUAAAAUCUUAGUGGUCCUGUUGGUGAGUCCAGAUGCUGACGCCCCCCAGGAGGUCCAGCUGACCUCUGAGCAGCUCAGUACCAUGCAUUACUCCAGCAGGAACACCAUAACAACUCUUAUCCUGCAUAGCUUUCAGGCUGCUUUCGGUACCAAACUGGACCUUCGGGUUCUCCACGCAGCCCUGCAGGAGAAAGAGCUGUAUGAGCUGGAGCAGCUUUAUGAGACGAUAACCGGCAGCAUGGAGGCGGCGACCUCUGUGGCGGAUCACACGGCUGCCAGGGAGGGACUACUCCGCAGCUUGGAGAAGCUCAGAGAAAGUCUCUCUGUCCCUUCUGGUGACGGCUGCUCAGAGACUGGGUCUUUAGAGAGCCUAAUGCUACCCUACCCCAAAUGCCACACAUGCUUAUGGGAUGACGACAAUUUUGAUGUUCUAAAAGACCUGCUUUCAGUCGACUCUGACCUGGACUCCCCUCCAGAAUGUUUCCCCAAAAUCGACGAGGAUGACACUUUUGACACUAGCAUCGACGAGGAAGACGAGCAGGACUCCUCGAUCAAACGGUACGAUCAGUUUCAAAGCCAUCGGAUCUCCACCGCCUCGUCUUCCUCGAGGGACUCUACCUUCUCGGGAUACUCUCUCUCCUCCAGUUGGUCCGUGCCGUCUGUUUCGUCGGGAGUGGAGAGCGACUUCAGCGAGGACAUGGCGCACGAGGACACCGAGGAAGGGCAAGGCAGCCAUCUGAGAGUCAGAAAGAAACCGAAGAAAAAGUCCAAAUCCCUCUUGGGAUUGGAACGCUUCUCCUUGCUCUUCAAGACUCCGCACAGUCCGAGCACAUCUCGCCGCGUUCAGAGCAUGGGCUACAACGGAGACAUCACCAAAGACUACCUGAUGACGGGGGCACAGCUCAAACACUCUGGGACCCCCAUGAGACAUAUUCGUCAUCUCAAUGUGUCUACGGCCCCUAUAGAUCCUUCUGCUCCCCAGAGGCACAUCUGCGUCCGCAGGAGGCCAAUUCUGAGCUGCGAUGAGGGGAAUGAGGCAGAAGCACUGACCGUCGUCAAGGUGGUCACGUUUGGGGGUGACAGAGAGGCUGGGAGACUCGCUCGGGCGUACAGCGACCUGCAGCAGAAAGAGAGAAGGUGUCCCCAGCUCACAAGGACGUGCAAACUGCAGUUUUACUUUGUUCCCACAAAGAGUAAAACUGUGAGUCCAGGAGCAGGACACAUGCCUACAGAAGGGCAGGAGUCAAAUUGCCAAGAAGUGGAGGACAGUACAACAGAUAUAGCCCAGAUGUUGGGUAUGAUGGACCCCUGGUAUGAGCGCAACGUCUUCAGCCUGCUGAGCUUGUCCUCCGAAGUUCUCAGUGAGGCCCCUCCCAAGGAGGACGACGUCUCCUGCGGCACCGGCGCCACGGAGCACCGCCUCCCCCUGCUGGCCGACUUGGUGCUCUAUUACUGUAGACACGCCGAUCAGCCCAUUCUGGUGCAGCUUUACCAGGCUGAGCUGACCCUGGAAGGGGGAGAGAAGAGAAAGGAAGUGUUCAUUCAUUCCUUGGAGCUCGGACACACAGCUGGAGCCAGAGCUGUUAAAUCCAUGGGCGCUGCGAGCAAAAGGUUGGGAAUAGAUGAAGAGCGGGAGGCCGUUCCCCUCACCCUCAAUGUGGCCUACAACAAGGUGGCCAUCAGCGGGAGAAGCCACUGGAUCCACAAAGAGGCGGUCUGCACCUCCAUCAACCUCAGACACUCUGAGCAGCUGGAUUCUAAAGAGGGCCUGCAGCUGACGAUGACAGAGGUUGUGAAGAAGCAGAGCUCCAAAUCUAAAAAGGGUUACAACCAGAUCUUGAUAUCAGAAGUGAAGGUGGACAAGAUGCAAGUGACUGCUCAAGGGAAUGGGAGCACGUUCGCCGUUUGCCUGGAUCAAGACAAAAAGAUGUUCAUCCAAAGUGUGAAGAGGUGUGAGGUGUCGCUGUGCAGCAAACCAGGUAGCAGUUCGGACUGGAGGUCCUACAAAACACUACCGGGCCAAAUCCAGCCCCUCCACCCGACGUUCUGCUCCCUGCUCUGCCUCCCCGUCACUGCCUUCUCUGCAGGGGGUCAAUGACCCCUGACCCCUGACCCCAGCUCCAUCUGACACAUCCAGAACCCAAAGAACACACCGAGUGGGAAAAUCAAAGAAUGGGGUUUAACAUUUCAUGUCAAGAAGCCAAUGUCUAUUUAUUAACAAUUUAACAUUAAAAAUACGUUUUGUGCUGUUGAUAUGUACAUAUCGUAAUUUAGAAAAGAAAAAAAACAAUUGACCGUUUUGUGUUAACACUUUGGUGUUAAAAACUGUAUUAUUUACUGUCUUAUGUCAGUAGUUUUAAAAAGAAACAAAAUUCGGUGCUUUAAUGGCGUCUUGGUUGAUACCAAAAACUGGUAAAGGUACACGUUGUAAUAUUUCCAAAGUUUUUUUCUAUGUGUGGUAGUUUUAGUCUACUCAACAAGUCAGAUGAAGACGUCACUAAUGUUUCUUCAGUUCCAGCCGGAAGUAGACACUCCUUAUGGCUAUGAUUGCCGUAGUAAUGUUUGUUUGUUUUUUUUGUUUGUUUUUUUGUUUUGUUUUUUCUGAAAUGAUGACACAUGACUUUAAUGACGUUUAAUAACACGAAUCAGGUUAAAC